CGCGAGGUUUCGUAGCUCACGAUGCGUCAGCUGCACGCGCCCCCGAUGCACGUGUUCCCUUUUCCAGGACGCACGCGCACGUGCAGACGCACGCACACACACACUAAGCCACCCACUUUUGCGGCAAUUCAUUUUCAUGAACAAACGGAAUGAAUUGAAACCAUUGAAACCGCUGGACAGUCAACUGUACAACAAUGGCAGAAACAAAAAGAAACAAAAAGCUGCCAGGCCAACUACAUUGCUGCCCGCCAUUUUCAAGGACUGCAUCUCGCUGGGGAAAAGGAAGCAGGCUACACUGAAUUCUGCGAGUCAGAGAGAAGAGGCAAAGCACAAUAAACCAUACAGAGGACUGCAGAUAGUCUGCCAAAUCUUUGAGCAUUUUUCUCUACUGCUCAGCCUUCAUAGAUCAAGGUGGACAUUUCAAAUCUCCCUUUCUGAGACCACCCAUGAGAAGCAAUGGAGGAUUAAAUCACAUGCUCCGUCAAGAGUGAUAACAAACCAAACCUGCCUCAUUCUCCAGUGCUCGAGACACCCUUGAUCCUUUCUGGGAGCUUAGAGCAGCACAGACGUUCCCAAGUCAUUUCGCUAUCUUACUCAAAGGAAGUGCACAGAUAGAAGUAGGAAACAGUUCAUGUUUUUCAAGUUAGGGGCACCAAAACACGAGAGCCAGCCAAGGCCCACUGGAGGGUCUCAGAAAAGCUUUUGGGGAACGUCAACUUGGAGGACAAGAUUGCUGCAGUGACGGAGGUGAUGGGUAACAAGAACGCCAUCCCGCCAAAAGAUCCCGACACUGGGACAACGCGGAAAGAGGAAGGGGUGUCACACAUCGACAGUGUCACAGGAAGUGUCUCCAGAGAUGAACUGCCGGGCCCCAGCCCAGAGCUGCUGGCCUCCCUACAGUCCCUCAGAGAAAACAGUGACUACACACUGCUGCCACACAGCCUGCACCAGAUUGCAGAAGCCUACUCGCUCAAAGAGGACUACCAGUGGGCCAUCCAGUUCCUCCAGCUGGAGAAGCUCUAUCACCAACGUCUGCUCUCCAACCUUACCGCCCUGCAGGAUAACUGGGAGAGCCAGUGGAAAGAGAAGAAGAACGAUGAAAGCAGUUUGCCCACUGAGACAGAUGGCAUCAGUCAGAAACACAUCGAGACCCUGAGCCAGAUCUGCAGGACACACCUCAGACCAUCCAUCAGUGUGGAACAAAACAUGCAGAAUGCAACACUGACAGACACUCCGAGCAUGAAUGAGACACUACAACCCUGUCAUGACAAAGUCAACAAUCCUGAAACAACACAACGAGAUGAGGAACAACAGCAAAGCAUAAACUCGGAGUCAGAGCUUCCCUUAGCCCAGACAGGCCCUCAGGAGGAACGGGAAGAGGAGGAGGAAAGAGAAGAAGAAGAAGAGACGUAUGAGGACGGACAGGAAGUAGAAGAAGAGGAGGAGGAGCCAUGUGAGGAGACGCCGGAGGAGGAGGUGAAGGUGGAGUGGCCAACAGGAGUCCCCCAGGCUUCAGACAAGGACCUGGCCAAGCUGUCCCACACAGAAGGGAGUUCCUCCCCAGAGGGUUUGGUCUCCAUUCUGAAGAGGAGGAGAGCAUCGCUGGAUGGACUGCCUCCCCCAAGCGACAUUGUUACUAAACAGAACUCCAAGCGCAAAGUCCGUUUCAGUGAGCCAGAGGACGGCAUUGAACAAGAUGAGGUAGGUGGGGAUUCCUGCCUGAUCCUGCUGCUGCUGUGUCUGGUUACCGUGGUGAUCAGCAUAGGCGGGACCGCCCUCUACUGCACUCUGGUGGGCACCUACUCCAACAUUUGCACCGACUUCACUCACAACGUCGACUUCUACGUCCUGAGCGUACGGAGGUUCUUUGAAGGGCUCAGACACUGGCUGCCCCUCCGGACUUAAGACGCUUUCAGCUGCAAUCAAGGCGGAAGCUACUCCGGAUACUUGUUCUUUAACGGACAGAGUAAAUCUCUGUCUAAUCCACAAUUAGGAGACAACUUAACAGGCAUGGGAUGCACACGCAUUACUCUGAUGCUGCCAUCCAGUGUUUAAAGCUUUGAUUUCAUCUACAGUGAGUGGACUUGUGUCGAAGACGUAUGGAUUUGAGCUAUCAGCCUAAGACGUCUUAUAACUAAUGGGUGCUCAAAGCAACAUUGAAAAAGAAAAGAACUUCCCCACAACUAUGUUUGUUAUGGGAUCAGUUUCAAAACCUCCCGUUUGCUACUGUUUUGUGUGGAAACUUCAUCUUAAGCCCAACCUUACAGAUACCACACAAGAGGGCUCACAACUCUUAACAAUAUUUAUAUUUAACAAAAGAAGUUUAUGUGUGUAGAAGUGUUAGAACCUUAAAUUUGUAGCUAUUGUACACAUUUGUACAAGUAUU